CGGAUGCCAAUGGGUGCAGCCAUGGAAGUAGAACCUCGCACCAGCAUGGAGCGCCAUCUCAUGGACAGAGACCGCGAGGGUCAACUCUACCUGGAGGCACGUCGUCAACAGGCUGCCCAGGACCUGCUCGGGAAUAGAUCGUCCUUCCUCUCCACCAUCACUCCUCCUUCUUCCAAUCCCUCCUCCGUAGCGUCCUCACUCUUUCAUGAAACUUUUUCUUCUUCACAAGAAGGCGUUACUAUUCAUUUCAACAGCACUUCAACAUCCUUGCCCGCUACCCCUACCUCGCCCAUCACUCCUGUCACCACAAAUAUGUCCUCUUCAGACCCUACCCCUGUCAGCCUUCCCCUCCCCAACAACAACAACAACAACAACAAUAAUAAUCUCACCCCUACAGGGACAACAACAACAACAACAACAACAACAUCCUCCUCAUUAUCGCCUUUUCGCUCCUUGGGUCCUUCUCUUCAAAACAUCGUCCCCAUCAUUAAAAAGACGCGCCAAAGAGCUGCCACAGCUCAAGAACGAUCCCUCACAACACUCCCCCCAUCCACCUCCACUUCCAACACAGCAACAGGAACAGUAGAGACCAUGGACCGACCCCUCGUCACCAUUUCUCCCUCCAGCCUUGAAUAUCAACUCACCGCCAACUUGCUCAAAUACCCAACACCUCCCUCACUCCCACAACAGCCCACCUCCACACGUCGCCAUCGUUCAGGGUCACGGCCACGAUCGAAAUCUAGACCGCGUAAAAGUCGUCGAGGCACAGAUAUCGGCGAUACCUUUGAUACCCAUCAGGACAAUGACAACCCUCCUUCAACCUCCCAAAGCACAGGCCAUCAUCGACAGCGUGCAGAGCGUUCCAAUAGUGGACGAAGAAAGAGGAGGGAUUUUGAAGGUCGUAAAAGGGCCCACACCACCCCAACCUCAAUCUCUACAGCAGCAGAGAGUAAUCAAGUGCCCCCUCUCCCUCAACAGACCUCCUUGCCUUCACUUCCUCCAAUCCCACCAAAGAGUCCUCGUACGCUCAUCGCCACCUACUUUCCAGGCUCGUUGCCUCCACCUCCAUCUAGAGGUCGGGUUCCUUUGAAGAAUAAGGAGCCUUUGGUAGUGGCCCCAACACCUUUCAAGACACCUACUUUUGGACCAGCCUUGAGUAUGAUCAAUAACAGCAGUUGUGCACGAGAUGGGCCUCCGGUGCCUUCUCCUUCGACCUCACUUCAGUAUAUACCCUCGACCGAUAUCUCUCGCUGUUCCACCGCACAACCCCAGCAGAACAACAAUGAGGAUUCAGAUUUGGCACCUCCCUCCACUCAACCUUCGCCCUGCACCUCAGCCUUGGGGCUAUCAUCCUCAGCUUCGACCAGCCAUAACAAUACCAGCGACAACAAUGGUAAUAACAACACCACUCACAGCAAUAACAACAAAAGACGAGCACAGCCAUUAGGUACGCAUCGCCUGCCAUCGGAUGUGGAUCUGUUGGUGGUCAAGAAGAGCUCCCGCACAGGCCGAAGCUUUCAUAAUCAUCCCUAUAACCAUAAUCAUAAUCUUAAUAUUCGUAAUCAGCACAUACCCAUCAACAACUUUAGUCUGCUGAGCCAUCACUGCACUUUUAACAAUCAGCAUCAUGCAGAGGAGAGUCAACCCUUAUCGACCUCAGGUUCCACUAGUCCAACCUCACCCACCUCAGAGUCCUUUAUCAAUACAUCGUCUGUCCUGUCAGGUACAGCAGCAUCAGCAGGAGCAGGAGUAGGCGUACAUGAAGGUCGACGUAGUUCAAGUGGCACUAUUUUUACAUCGACAACAACUGUUGUGCCACCUUCAACUACACCUAUUUACCCAAGAGGGUUGAUGCCAAGCAGCAGUAGCCCUCUGGCGGAUUCACAUCUGCCAUUGGUCAUCCGUGUACAACAGAGAGCAACACCCUAUAUCCGUGAGCUAUUUCCUGGUGAAAUCCAUCCUAAUACGCCUAGCAGCACACAUACCAGUCAGGACCUUGAGAUUGUUUUGGAGGAAAUCACAGGUCGGAUCCGGACUAACCGCACCAGUGUAGAUCCUUGGCCCUAUCAAGUUCGUUACAACAAUGGUGGUAAUAGUGACAGUACUUCACCAACAACAACAGGACUGCGGGAUCAGAAACCCUUGCCACGAACUCAUCGUGAGAAGGAGCCACGAUACUGGGUGUUUAGAGAUCAUGAUGGGGCGAUCGUGUUGGGGCCCAUCUUCUUCUUGUUGGGCCACCUGCUCCCAUUCAUGUGGUGGAUUGGUUCUGCUUAUCCAAGUAUUGAGCAUCCAGAUGAGAAGCGAUCAGCAGCUGAACUGGCUCGGGAAGCAGAAAUGGAGGCCGAUAUGGAGGCACGGGUCAGAGCUCGAGCUCGAGCGGAAGCAGAGGCUGUAGCAGCAGCAGCUAGGAGUACGACUAUUUCUAUUGAAGGAACAGGUGCAGGCGUAGGACCUGGAAGAAGGAAUGAUGGAGACUUGGAAGCUGGUCUUGGUCUUCGAGGGAUGGCUGACGAUGAUUCUGAUACAGAGACCGAUGUGGGAGACCUACGAGAUCAUCCGGUGAUUCAAUGGUUACAAAAACAACUUCGGACGGUUGGAGCGACGAUUGCAUCCAUCAAGACGAGUGUCUCUACAAACCCCAACAACAAAGAUUCGACGAUCGCUACAUUACAGAUUGUCAGGAUCUCUGAAGAUGGAUCCAAUGUGAGUGACGAUUAUUUGAGGCCCCGAUACCAUCAACAUCAACAUCAACAUCAACAUCAACAUCCACUUCAUUCUUUGGAUCUGACGAAUGUUAGUACAAUUCAUGUUCCGAUCCCUUCACCCACUGCUGUGGCAGCAGCGGCAGCACAGUCGCGUGCUCGAUCGAUGGGACAAGAUCGAUUGUUCGAAACCCGAGGUCCUUGGUCUAUUGCAGGGGCGAUUGAGGAAGAAGACAUGGGGUGUUCUGCCAUGAUGUUGGCACAACGAUUGGAAUACGACCGUAAAGUGCUUCGAUAUGAACUCGAUCUUCGAUGGAGACGUAUUAAUUUGAUCUGGUCGAUUGGAUCGUUCGUCCUUGCCAUCGCCAUCACAGCUUUCAUUGUUGGGUUCUCUCUGUAAAGGAAAGGGAAAAAUAGGAAAAAAAAAAAAAAAUUAUUCCUUUUG